AAUAAAAAAUGGAGUAUUUUUUGUGAAAAACAUCUUCCCCUGUGAGCAGUCCUAAGAAACAGAGGCUCCACGCCUUUAGCUGUUGUUACCUUAUCAUCUUUCCAUAAUGGCACUAACCCACACCCUUCAUCCCAAACCCACCGUUUCUGUAGUCAUUAAACCCUUUAAGUACUGCCCUUCUUCAAGUUCUUUACCUCUAUUCUCAAGCAAGUUUCAGAAUGGUGAUAUUUUCUUGGGCGCCACUUUUUCAAGAAUUCAGACUUAUCACAAUCCACUACCAGCUUUGACCAGAAGACUAUUCUUGCCCUCAGUUUCUGGGCUCUGGGAUGCAUUAACAAGUGGUAACUCAGCUCGUGAUGCUGUAAUGGCAAUUCGAAGGGGAAUGCAACUUUUCAGACAGGGCGACGUGUUAGGGUCUUUGGUGGAGUUUGACAAGGCAAUUGAACUUGAUCCUCGCCAGAAAGCAUGUGAGCUUCUUAAUUGAUUGAUACAAAUUAAA